AUGGCUUCUAAAGAGAUCACUGCCUCUGGUUUCGUAAGUGUGAGCAAGGAUAUCACAGAAAGCAUCAGGAAGAUUAUUGAUAAAUCAUCGAUCAAGUUUGUUCAUGGCAUAAAGCUUGACACCAAAAAUGGCAAAACUGAGGACAGACUACUGGUCCUCACAACAUGGCGUCUCUAUUUCCUGACGCCAAAGAUUCCCGCUAAGGUAGAAACCACGUUCAACUUCUUGGAGAUUCGUGCUUUGAAUUCCCACCCUGAGCACCAGGUUAUUAUCGACACUGACAAGUCCAGCUACUCCCUGAGGUUUGAGUCAAGAGAACACCUCAAUCAUGUGGUCAGCCACAUUAAUUUUGCUCUGUCUCGAAUAUUCAACAACUCCAUUUUUGCCCCUUCCAUCUGUCAUUCAGACAGCGACCUUUCUGACGGCAGCAGGAAGUAUUCACCUAGCUCAGAGACUUCAGUGGAAACCCAGAGGGCCUGUGGAGGCUUCUCCGAGACGUACUCCGCUCUGUGUGACUAUAAUGGCAUCAGCUGCAAGGAGGAAGUGCAGUGGGAUGUGGACACCAUCUAUCACUCCCAGGACAACCGAGAGUUUAACCUGCUAGACUUCAGCCACCUGGAGAGCAGGGAUUUGGCGGUGAUUGUCGCAUCAAUGGCAUACAACACCUGGUUCACUAAACUGUACUGCAAAGACCUGCGCAUAGGGUCAGAGGUCACAGAGCAGGUCCUGCACACGGUCAGCAAAUCCUCCAGCUUGGAGGAGAUCACUCUGGAGAACGCCGGGUUAAAAUCAGACUUUCCACAGAAGAUGUCAGCUGCUCUUUCGGAGAACCCUGCCUCUGUCAUCCACUCGCUCAACUUGGCCCACAACUCACUGGACAACCAAGGUGUGUCCAACUUAAUCCAGCAGGUGUGUCGCCUUAGCAAGGGGCUUCGUCUCCUCAAUCUCUCCAAGACCUCACUCACCUCAAAAGGAGUGGUGUCUCUCUCUCAGGCUCUGUGCUCCAGCGAUGAGUACUCCAACUCUCUCCUACACCUGGACCUGAGCAAGAACCCCGGCGUCCUCUCGGGGGAGGAUUCCUCGAACUUGUAUCUCUUCUUGUCUCAGCCCAACUGCCUCGUCCAUUUGGAUCUGUCGGGCACAGAUUGCUCCGUGGACUCGCUAUUUGGGGCUCUUCUGAGGGGGUGUUGCGCUGAUCUUUCCUUUCUGAAUCUUUCCAAAAAUUCCUUCUCCCACAGAAAAGUGAAGGACACACUGCCGCUGUUCCGUCAGUUCUUCAGCUCAGCCUUCAGCCUCACUUAUGUCAGCCUGGCCUCUAUGAAGCUGCCCCCUGACGUUCUGAGGGCUCUCCUAACAGGGUUAACCUCCAAUCCCCAUAUCAAUGACCUUCACCUAGACAUCAGUGGCUGUGAGCUGAGGUCUGUGGGAGCUGCUGUAAUCCAGGAACUCUUCCCCAGAGUGUCCUCUGUCGCCACUCUGGACAUCUCGGACAACGGUCUUGAUGCAGACUUGCUCACAGUACUGCCGGCCCUCUCCAGACACACCUCCCUCAAACAUCUUCAUCUGGGCAAGAACUUCAACAUCAAAAACAGGGUUCUGGAUGAAGUCCUGCAGAAGCUGGUUCAACUCAUACAGGAGGAGGAAUGCGCCCUGCAGUCUCUGUCUCUGGCCGACUCGCGCCUGCGCUCUCGGGGCACCGUGCUGGUCAACGCCCUGGGCAGCAACACCUGCCUGAGAAAAGUGGACCUGAGCGGGAACCACAUGGACGACAUCGGAGCCAAGAUGCUGAGCAAAGCCCUUCAGAUCAACACCACACUCAGGAGUGUGACAUGGGAUCGCAAUAACACCUCCGCAGCAGGAUUUCUAGACGUGGCCCGAGCACUUGAACAUAAUUUCACCUUGCAGUACAUGCCUCUACCACUAAGUGACAUCAGCCAGGCGUACCGCAGCGCCCCUGAGAGGACAGAGCAGGCACUGACAAAGAUCCAGCGCGCUCUGGUGAGGAACAACCAGACCCAGCGCUUCUCUCAGAGGCAGGCUCUGCGGCUGCACCAAGGCCUGGUCACGAGCACUGCCGAACAGGUGAUGGAGCGCCUCUGUGUGCGCGUCCAGCAGCAGGUGUGUGUGUUACGAGGCGUCGGAGAGAUGGAGGAAAUUCAAGCUGCUAAACAAGUGCUAAAAGAGGCCAGGAACUCCCGUGCUCUGUACCCUUCACUGUGUGAGCUGGCUCAUGUGCUUUCUGUGGACGGGCCGGUGCGGCAGAGACUGGACUCUCUGGCCGGUGAACUCGCCAAAGCUGCGGACAAGGAGCUUCAGGUGAUCGUCGACUCAAUGGUGUCUCUCUGCCGCGAGCUCUGCCCGUUAUCAUCUUCUGCGGCUGAGAGGUUGAGUCCUCCGCUCUCGUCCGUCUCCGAGCGCGUGUCCAUUCCUCGCUCUGCCAUUCGGACGGCUCUGAUGGAAAGAGCGGCGCAGGACAUUCACCGAGCCUUAGAAGAAGUGAAGCUGUCGGUGGUUUCCUAUCUCACCAACUCCAUCGUGGACCAAAUCCUGCAGGAGCUCUACGCCACCCAUAAGACCCUGACUCGGCAGGUGUCUCAUCUUAAACGCUGGGAGGGGACAUGUGAAGAUGGGACAGGCUGGAGGUUUAACAGACACAGAGACUCUCUGGACAUCACAGAUGAGGAGCUCAGCACCAGCAUAGACACGAUAGCCAUUAAGAAGCGCAGCUCGAGAACAAGACGAAUACGACCUGUCUCCACCAGGCUGAGUCUGUGUGACGACUCCAGCUCCUCUCCGCCCCCCUCCGUGCCGUCGUACUCCUCGCCGCUAUCCCGCUCGGCAUCCUGGGAGGGCCUGUCUGAGCUGCCGACACAGGGUCUGCCUCUCCAUCAUGUGACGCGGGUUCGGCCAAGGCCUCCGCGGAGGCACAAAGGAGGGCACAUACCUGCUGAGACACAUUGCAGUGAAAAUGGAGGAAUAAGCCCUCUGGAUGAUGGACUCCCAGAUUUCUAUACUAAAAGAGUGCUCCCUGACAGUCAGCUCUCCUCUCUGCACAAAGCUCACUCGCUGAGGAGGAAGAAGAGGAGAAACAUGCUGGCCAUCUUCGGUUUCCGCAAAAACCGCAACCAAACAUUGUCCAAUCAGGGGCCCGAGUUUGAAGCAGAGGUUUACGGAGAUGGAUGUCACACUGUUGCUACUGCACCCACUGGGACAGCCACAGAGAAUGUGUACACACUUCUCCAGCCUCCGAGGUCCGCUGCCAGAGCUGGAUCUCCCGGCGACGGGGCUGAUGGAAGAAUGAACGAUCACCAGGGGAAAAAUACUCUCGUUUUGAGUCCGCCACCAGCGCCGGGCAUCCCUCACCCGGGUGUGGGAGGAAGCAAACACCCCUUUUUUUCUCCCAGAGAGAAAUCCGAAAUGGACGCUGUGUUUGAACAGCCGGUAGAGACAGACAUGUACUGGGUGGACGACAAACAGAGGCCAACAGAGGUGCUGCAAGCAGACAAGCAGUGGAUGGAAGUGAGGCCCAGCGACCAACAUGUAGAGAGACAGCGGUUUGAUAACAGGCUGCAAGAAAGAACUUUUGGAGAGCCGAGUACAACUGAGAGACAAACAGACAGGUACAGGACUGAGAGUAGACACAUGGACAGACAGUGGACUGUUGACAGACACACCCAGCGGCAGAUUGACAGAAAGAUAGAAAGACAGUGGAUGGGCGGCAGACAGAUAGACAGGUCAUGGUCGGAGAACAGGCCGACGGACAUACAGGUGGACAAUCAGCGGACUGAGAGCAGACACCCGAGCAGAAAGACAGAGAGACAAGUGCAGGCCCUUCAUUUGGCUCAAAGGCCGCUGCCUCCGUACCCGUCGGACAGGACGCCUUCACCAAAACAGGAAACAGAUCUUCUGAAAAGCACAGAGGCAGCAGCUACAGAUUGGCAUCAGCAGGACACGCAAGGAGAUAGACAGAUGUGUCCCGACGCUAGUGGAGGGUUCACAGAGGGCUGGAGGAGCAGCGGAGGAGGAGGACGUGCUGCUCCCUGUGCAUCUAAACCUGACCCACCGCCACAGAGCAGUAAACCCAACCUGCCCAAACUGAGGCAGAGGCACCGGCUCGAGAGCUCAGACACUCUGCCAGGUACAGAGGAGGAAGUAGAGACGGAGAAGGAUCCUGUGAAGAUGGAAAAGAAAGAGAGAGAAAAAAGAAGAGACUCAGAGGGUCAACCUCCUCCGAUUCCAGAAAAGCCAAAGACAUCCUCGUAUGUGACUUUUCCAAAAGAAUCAGCAAAUGUGAGGAACUUACCUCCUCCUCCUGUGCCACCUCCUGUUCCCAAGCCUGUGCAUGUAUUACCAGACAGAGCUGCAAGUCAAGGUGAAGAAGGAUUGAGACCUCAGGCACCAUUGAAACCACAGAGAAACAGAAAGGCCAUGUCUUGUGACUCAGGCACUGACAGGGAAAGUCCUAAUAACGUUGAGAAGCCCCCAAAUCGCAAACCCCCAGUGAAAAAACCUAGACUACCCCAAAACAGAAAUAAGUCACUGGAUUUGUCUGACAGCCUCAACUCAGCCCCUGGUCACAGCGAGUUGUUGUGAUGCCCGAGGAAUUCACCCGCUGCGGUCCGGCCGAAGCGUUGUCAUGACAACUGUGGAGCAUUUCGCCCAACAAGGAAACAAAGAAAAACAUACGAGGAGGGGAGAGCCAGAGAGAAACGGUGCAACAUGACAGACAUCAUAAAGCAUCAGUUCUGUUGAAACACUUUACUUAAUGUCACUUUUUCUCCCUCGUCACCCUGACUGUGUUUCUGUCUUUGCUUUCCUUUCACAUGAAAACCUGUUCAACUCUAUUUGUGUCUACAGUAUUUUAACAGUAUUUGCUACUUUAGAAAACCCAAAUGAUCAUUGUCUUUUGUGUUGGUGGACAGUGGGCUGAGUGUUCGAGCAUUGUGGCUUUGCUAGACAGAAAAAAAUGUCUUUAUUAGAAUGUGGUUUCUUAAAUCUGCAAUGCAUUUUUGACUGCUAAUACAGUUGAUUGCCUUGGUUGACACUUGAAAAUAAGUUGCUUCUUAUCAGAUGAAACUUGAUGAUUUAUAUCUAGUUUUGCUUUCAGGAACUGAAAGGUAAUAUAUUUUAUAGAGAAAAAAAUAUUAUGUAUGAGCACCUUCACUGUAUGAAUAAAACACUAAUGGAAAACA